AUGAAGUCCGGCCGGAAGAGGGAGAGGCCCAGAGAAUCCAUGUCCUUGGGGCCCAGAGCUCCAGCGUCGAGCAGCACAUGCCAGUGGUUCUGCUGGGCCAAGGCCAUCCACUGGUACGAAUACUUGGUUCCCGUAACCCUAGACUGCACGGGGAAGACGAAGAGCCCGGCGGCGGAGCCCUUCUUCCUCCUCCCUCUCCUGUUCUUGCUGGAGGAGAUUUUCUUCCUGAGCUCCGCCCCGCAGAGCUUCAUGGUGGGCCACCGGAACCAGGCGCUGUAUACCUUGGCCCCCUUCUCCCUCGCCGACUGA